GAUCUCACAGUAAUGUUACUCAAUCAACCAGAUAAGCAAACGUUUAGGGCGGUCGAAUGUAUAUUACCGUGGCUAGGUAGCUAGAUGUUGCAGAGCUCGCUGAUUCAAAGCUACAUUUUAAUGGCAGGGCGAAGUUUUGUGUCAGGCCAGGGGCCGCUUUAAGCAGUCUGUGACAUUUGGACUAGUUUGACAAGCCACGGCACUGGCACUGUGCUUAUACUGACCGGACUGGAAUCAUUUGUUUUGACUUCAUCUCUUUCCACAACGGCCUAGCGAAGGCUCCUAUUGUUUAAAGAAGAUAAACAUGAGCUUUCUUUUUGGCAAUCGGUCUUCCAAGACCUUCAAGCCCAAGAAGAACAUCCCAGAGGGAUCUCACCAGUAUGAGCUGUUGAAACAUGCAGAGGCUACACUGGGCAGUGGGAAUUUACGCAUGGCUGUCAUGCUGCCUGACGGGGAAGACUUGAACGAGUGGGUGGCUGUUAACACUGUAGAUUUCUUCAACCAGAUCAACAUGCUCUAUGGUACCAUAACAGACUUCUGCACUGAAGAGCGCUGUCCUGUCAUGUCUGCUGGGCCCAAAUAUGAGUAUCAUUGGGCAGAUGGAACCAACAUCAAAAAGCCGAUCAAAUGCUCAGCUCCCAAGUACAUUGAUUACCUAAUGACCUGGGUGCAGGACCAGCUCGAUGACGAGACACUCUUCCCAUCUAAGAUAGGUGUCCCGUUCAAGCGUAACUUCAUGUCGGUGGCUAAGACCAUCCUGAAGCGCCUGUUCAGGGUCUACGCCCACAUCUACCACCAGCACUUUGACUCUGUGAUGCAGCUGCAGGAGGAGGCCCACCUAAACACCUCCUUCAAACACUUCAUCUUCUUCGUUCAGGAGUUUAACUUGAUUGAAAGGAAAGAGCUGGUCCCACUACAGGAUUUGAUUGAGAAGCUGACCACCAAGGACAGAUAAACCCAGGCUGACUGACCAUUUUAACUCUGUGAUAGUCUACUAUUCUUUUUGCACAGAUACCCCUUCUGCCCUGUCCUGGCCUAUAUGUAUACAGCAUACGCUAACUUUGCGAACAUGUUCUCUAGAAAUCCAGGUAAGGAGGAAGAGUCUUGCACUGUUAUAGGCACUAGGGUAAUACUAUGGGGGAGUUCUAUACUACUGUCUGAGCCGGUAUGUGCUCUAUAGUUGGAUGUACUAUGUGGUUUUAAUUUGGACGGAUCCCUAAAACUGAAAUAACUAUGUAUUGACAUCCUCUGUGUGUUGUAUAUUUACAGUACCAGCCAAAAGUUUGGACACACCUACUCAUUCAAGGGUUUUUCUUUAUUUUUACUAUUUUCUACAUUGUAUAAUAAUAGUGCAGACAUCAACUAUGAAAUAACACAUGGAAUCAUGUAGUAACCAAAAAAGUGUGAAACAAAUCUAAAUAUAUUUAAUUUGAGAUUCUUCAAAAUAGUCACCCUUUGCCUUGAUGACAGCUUUGCACACUCUUGGCAUUCUCUCAACCAACUUCAUGAGGUAGUCACCAGGAAUGCAUUUCAAUUCACAGAUAUGCCUUGUUAAAAGUUAAUUGGUGGAAUUUCUUUCCUUAUUGCGUUUGAGCCAAUCAGUUGUGUUGUGACAAGGUAGGGGUGGUAUACAGAAUAUAGCCCUAUUUGGUAAAAGACCAUGUCAAUAUUAUGGCUAGAACAGCUCAAAUAAGCAAAGAGAAACAACAGUCCAUCAUUACAUUAAGACAUGAAGGUCAGUCAAUCCGGAGAAUUUUGAGAAUGUUGAAAGUUUCUUCAACUGCAGUUGCAAAAACCAUCAAGUGCUAUGAUGAAACUGGCUCCAUUGAGGACCGCCACAGGAAAGGAAGACCCAGAGUAAUCUCUGCUGCAGAGGCUAAUUUCAUUAGUUUACCAGCCUCAGAAAUUGCAGCCCAAAUAAAUGCUUCAGAGUUUAAGUAUCAGACACAUCUCAACAUCAACUAUUCAGAGGAGACUGGUUGAAUUGCUGCAAAGACACCACUACUAAAGGACACCAAUAAGAGCAGGUGAACAGAUUAUCUGCACAUGUAUGGUUCCUGCUGUGAAGUAUUGAGGAGGAGGUGUGGGGGUGCUUUUCUGUCGAUGCUGAUUUAUUCAGAAUUCAAGGCACACUUAACCAGCAUGGCUACUGCAGUAUUCUGCAGCGGCGCGCCAUCUCAUCUUGUUUGUGCGUAGUGGGACGAUCAUUUGUUUUUCAACAGGACAAUGAUGGAGUGCUGCAUCAGAUGACCUGGCCUCCACAAUCACCCGACCUCAACCCAAUUGAGAUGGUUUGGGAUGAGUUGAACCGCAGAGUGAAGGAAAAGCAGCCAACAAGUGCUCAGCAUAUGUGGGAACUCCUUCAAGACUGUUGGAAAAUCGUUCCUCAUGAAGCUGGUUGAGAGAAUGCAAAGCUGUCAUCAAGACAAAGGGUGGCUACUUUGAAGAACCUCAAAUAUAAAAUAUACUUUGGUUUAACACGUUGUUGUUGUGGUUACUACAUGUUUCCAUAUGUUUUUUCAUAGUUUUGAUAUCUGCUAUUCUACAAUGUAGAAAAUAGUACAAAUAAAGAAAAGACCUGGAAUGAGUAGGUGUCAACUUUUGACUGGAACUGUAUAUUAACAUUUAUCAUCUGCUCGUAUUGAAGUUCACCACUACAGAUUGCACAUUUUUAAGAGGGUAUAAAAGUUCAAGGGACUACAUAAGUAUUUGAGCAUAUUGGUCACAUUGUGAUUUGCCUCAACAUAUGGUCAUUUUGUAAAAGUCUGUUUUCAAUACAAUACUGGUAAUCCAGCAAAUUGCCAAAGCUUUAUUUGAUGGGCCACAUACAGUAUACAAGUAAAAUAUUGUCUUUGAGAUCAAGAGUGCCAUAUCUAUAGCCUGGUUUCUCAUGUUCUCCCCAUAGAAUGUUUUGGCUAAUAAGCCAUCAAAUGAAAUAUAAUAGCACAUUCAGUGCUAUAUGCUUCUGUUUAAAUAGUGUGAUGAUUCCCUAUGCCUUUUGUAAGGUCUGAGUAAUGUAUUGCUGUGCUGCAGACUGCUGAGGGAUGGAAUCCAAAAUGAAAAUGUUUACUAUGCAAUAAGUCAUGCCACUCUUCAAAAUUUCAAUGAUUACUAGUUUCCAUUCACACAGAUGGGAACAAAUGCUUUUCUUUACGUGUGUUAUUCAUAGUUAGCGGUGUUACUUUAAAAGGUAGUUGUUGGGACUGAGACGUUGCUUUUGGAUGACUUCAAUAUAGAUCUACUAGAGUAUGCAGUAAGACAUGAAAGCAAUGGAAUGCUUUGUUAAGAUGCCAUUUUAUCUUGACAACUUUUCAGGAAGAUUUGAUAUGGAGAUAUAACUAACUUCUGUUAAAAAAUCCACACUGUAAAUACAACAAUAAGGCCAGGAAUUUGCUGUGAUAUCAUAUUUUGGUAGCCGGCAUGGACUGGUAGUUGUAGGUCUAUUAAAGGAUUUAGAAUGUUAUUAGGUCUCUUUUAGAGGUUGUUACUUCUCCCCUCUCCACCAUGUCAUAGUCCCUUUUUCCUUAUAUCAUUGCGUUUAAUUUGUUAAUUUAGAUUUAUAGCUUUAGAAAAUUACAAUUUAAUGUGAUUGUGUUGAUCAUAAGGUGGUAAAGCAACAAAGCCAUCGGCCAUGCUUCUCUGGGAACAUUGCAGCAGAAUUUGAUCCCAUCUAUACUCUUCCUUCAGAAAGUAUUCAUACCCCUUGACUUAUUCUACGUUUUGUUGUGUUACAUCCUGAAUUCAAAAUGGAUUAAAAAUAAAUACUAAUUCUCACCCAUCUACACACAAUACCCCAUAAUUAAUAUUUUUUUUGCAAAUGAAAUAUCUCAUUUACAUAAGUAUUCACACACCAGAGACAAUACUUUGUAAAAGCACAUUUGGUAAUGAUUACAGCUGUGAGCCUUUCUGGGUAAGUGCUUUCCACACCUGGAUUGUGCAACAUUUGCCCAUUUUUUUUUAUUUUUUUUAAAUUCUUUAAGGUCUGUCAAAUUGGUUGUUGAUAGACAACCACUUUCAGGUCUUGACAUUUUUUUUCAUUUAGAUUUAAUGAUGCCACUUAGGAACAUUCAAUGUCAUCUUGGUAAGCAACUCCAGGCUUUGUGUUUUAGGUUAUUGUCCUGCUGAAAGGUGAAUUAUUUUUGUAUUUAACUAGGCAAGUUAAGAACACCAUUCUUAUUUACAUUGAUGGCCUACCCAAACUCUAACUUUGCUGGGCCAAUUGUGUGCCGCCCUAUGGGACUCCCAAUCACGGCCAUUUGUGAUACAGCCUGGAAUUGAACCAGGGUCUGUAGUGAUACCUCUAGCACUGAGAUGCAGUGCGUUAGACUGCUGCGCCACUCGGGAGCCCUCUCCCAGUGUCUGGUCAAAAGCAGACUGAACCAGGUUUACCUCUAGGGUUUUGUCUGUGCUUAGCUCCAUUCUGUUUUUUUUAUUUUUUUAUCCUGAAAAACUCCCCAGUCCUUAACGAUUACAAGUAUACCCAUAGCAUGAUGCAGCCACCACUAUGCUUGAAAAUAUGGAGAGUGGUACUCAGUAAUGUGUUGUAUUGGAUUUGCCCCAAACAUAACACUUUGUAUUCAGGACAAAAAGUGUAAUUGUUUUGCAACAUUUUUUGCAGUAUUACUUUACUUUAGUGCCUCGUAAACAGGAUGAAUGUUUUGGAAUAUUUGUCUUUACAGGCUUCCCUUUCACUCUGUCAGUUAGGUUCGUAUUGUGGAGUAAGUACAGCGUUGUUGUUCCAUCCUCAGUUUUUUUUCUUCAUAUCUCAGCCAUUAAACUCUCUGUUUUAAAGUCACCAUUGGCCUCGUGGUGAAAUCAUCCUACAUCUCUUGCAGCUGAGUUAGGAAGAAUGCCUGUAUUUUGUAGUGACUGGGUGUAUUGAUACACCAUCCAAAGUGUAAUUAAUAACUUCACCAUGCUCAAAGGGCUAUUCAAUGUUUUUUUAUUUUUUAUUCUUUGCGGUGCAUUGGAAAGCCUCCCUGGUCUUUGUGGUUGAAUCUGUCUUUGAAAUUCACUGCUUGACUGAGGGACCUUACAGGUAAUUGUAUGCAUGUGGUACAGAGAAGAGGUCGUCAUUCAAAAAUCAUGGUAAACACUUAUUGCACACACUGAGUCCAUGUGAUUUGUUAGGCACAUUUUUACUCCUGAACGUAUUUAGGCUUGCCAUAACAAAGGUUUUGAAUACUUAUUGACUCAAGACAAUAAGUAUUCAACUUUUCAUUUGUAAAAUUUUCGAAAAACAUAUUUCCAUUUUGACAUUAUGGGGCAUUGUGUGUAGGCCAGUGAAACAAAAUCUAAAUUGAAUCAUUUUAAAAGUCAGACUAACACAACAAAAUGUGGGAAAAGUCAAGGGGUGUAAAUACUUUCUGAAGGCACUGUAUAUUCCCUUUACUGUAAUAUAUAUAAUCUUUUGAUAAAUGAGUUGUAAAUAAUGAAUUUGAUUAGGCUGUUGAAAGUUACUGAACUGUAAUAUACUGAAUGCUGUUUAUCAGGCAAAUAAAGGUGUUUGACCAGA